AUGCCCUCACCUAGCCCUACCAACCAACCGCAUUACACAUUUGACGAACUUUACAAUCUCCAAGUCAAAUUCUUCGAUAAUUUUAUCUACCCAGCAGACAUCACUCAAGCCAAGUCUAUCAACUCAACGCUGCUAGCAGAGGAUGUACAGGGGCGGAUUGACGUCACAAGGACAUUUAAUGGCCGGGAGCUCAACACAGAGUAUCUCUUUGGGCUUUUUGCAAACCUCGCAGCGGAUCCCAACUCCAUCAGCUUGUUAGGAGUUCCAAUUUCAUAUAAUAUCUUGCAUUUUGCUGCUAAUGAAUACAUCACCUCGGCUGCUACUCGAUUCAUGUUCAACUUUACCAGCCUUGGUCUUAUUAUACCUAUCGAGAUUGAUAGCUGGAAUACUUGGAACGAAGCUGGGCAGGUUACGCAGUAUGAUGGGAGCUUUAAGUAUUGGCAAUGGACGGUUGAUUAUAUAAUUGCUUCAAGUGUCCCUUUAUUCAACGCUACUUCGCCUACUCAGGUGGUUGAAAUCCUCACUAGAGUAUUGGCGAGCAGUAUUUGUGAAACAGCAACAACUUAUUGCAAUGGUACAAAUACACAGUAUAGCAAUCUGGCGGCGUGCUAUCAAUAUCUCACCCAGGAAGUGCGGUUUGGCGAGGCGUAUGAGUUGGGUAGGAAUACUGUAUUGUGUAGAAUGGUCCAUCAAAAUAUGGUGCCAUUUCGACCAUCUGUGCACUGUCCUCAUAUUGGGCCUUCAGGUGGUGGAUACUGUACCGAUGAUACGACAUAUAUUGGGACUGUGGAGGAGAACUAUUUCAAAAUUUCAUUUAUACCCUAUGGAUAUUAG